AUGUCAUACUCUGGCACAGGAACCAAGGCUGACCUGGACAACCACGGGGAGCAGUUGAAUCCCACCAGUCCCAAAUAUCAAGGACCUACGCCCCCUAACCCUGGCUACAGUGGCAAGGGAACCAAGGCUGAUCUAGACAACCAUGCCAACCAAGGGAACCCCAACAACUCCCGCUACCAAACCUUCAAAGCUACAACCCCCCCCCAUGCCAACCAGUGCAACCCCAACCAUCCCGAAUAUAAAGGACACGAAUCUGGCUACAGUGGCACGGGAACCAAGGCUGAUCUAGACAACCAUGCCAACCAGGGAACCCCAACCACCCUAGCUACCAGGAACCAAAGAAAUAGCACGACAGAAAAAACUAGUACAGCAGAAAAAUGGACUUGUAGUAAUCGAACUAAAGAAUAUGACUAUUAUAUAGUAGCUGAAACUGUCAUUGAAUUGCUAGUGAGAAGUAUUAUAAUUAUGUAUAUACAUGUUAGUAGCUAUAAUUAUAAGCAAUAUCCCUAUCAUUAUACAAAUACAGUCAGUGAUUUCCCUGAAAACCUGUUUCUAGCAAGCUUUGCACAGAAAAUUGAUUGCCCUACUAUAAUAAUUAUAGAGAAGUAUAUCCUCAAAGUUACAGAACCUCUCUCUUUUAACAAACAAGUCUCUCAAACAGUCCAACAAUGUCUACUAGUGAAGGUAUUUAAAUACACAGGUGCAAGAACCAAAGCUGACCUGGAUAACCACAGCGAUACUUGUAAUCCCAACAAUGCCAAAUACAAAGGAUAUAACUGUCGCUACGGUGGCACGGGCGACAAGCCUGAUCUAGACAACCACUCAAGACAAAAAGACCCCAAAAACCCUCGCUACCAGGCACCAAAGAAAUAGUAAAAGACAUACAGAAAAACAGACUUGUAGCUAGUAAGAAAGAUUAUUAGAAGCUGAAACUGUCAUUGAAUUGUAGUAUGUAUUUCUUUGCUUACAUGUAUACAUGUAUGUCCCCCUGCUAUAAUUAUGUUAUAGACUUA